AUGAAGAAACAAGGUUGUAAAGGCAGAGAAAUGCUGCACAAAAGGAGGAAACCCACAGCCAACCAAGAAAGUACUGAUAGUGUGGAAAAGACAAAACCAGAGACGAUCAACCUGGGAUUAAAGGCCGGAGAAGACACCAAGGCAAGGUGUCCAGUUUGGAAGGGUGAUCACCAAACCUGGAACAGAAAGUGUCCUAUAAGACUGCAAAAGAUUGACAAGCUCAAGGGCAGCACACCCCGAAGUCUCCCCAGCCAAGAACAGCCCACCAGACCCCACCAGACCGCUCCAAAAACUACCCACCAGCAGAGGCCACAGUCUUAUGCAGUGGCAACUAAUGGUCCUCGAGUCGUCCCCAAGGUCGCACUGACGGAUCAACCAUGCAAGUAUCCCCAGAGAACAGAGAACCCAUCACACACCAUACCACACCCAGACCGACCUCACAUGCCCAGGAAACAGCCACCAGCCCAAGAAGGAGGAUCAUCUUCCCAGAUCCUCCCACUCCAUCUCACAAACCCACCACCUAUAUACUAA